AUGGCUCCCUGCACAGAAGCCGUGUAUCUGCACGACGCUUCGCUAAGAACCCUGACGACGGAGAUCAUCUCCCACCAACCAGUCUCAUCACUUCCGGAAAAUGAAAAAAGCUUGAUCAAGAACGCCGACCCAGAGGUCUCGGCGAUUACUACGCGCCAGACUAUCCUCUACCCGCAGGGAGGCGGACAGCCUAGCGACACGGGUUCCAUCGCCCUAGCAGACCAGGAGCCCACUUUCACAGUCUCCCUGGUGCGAAAAACCGAGGAUGGACGAAUCCUGCAUUUUGGCAAGUCUGCAGACCCAGAGACGCUCUUUGUUGAAGGCCAGAGUGUUAUUCAGCGAGUUGAUGGUGCCAAACGAGACUACCACUCUCGACUGCAUACGGGAGGACACAUCGUCGGUCUCGCGAUGGAGCUUCUCUUUCCCGAAAUGAGGAAAGUCAAAGCCAAUCAUUUCCCCAAGGAAGCAUGCAUGGAAUAUGAGGGUCUGCUAUAUAAUGAGCAGAAGCCAUUGAUCCAGGCCAAGGUGGAUGAAUUGGUCCAGCAGGAUUUACCCAUUUUGAUCACGUGGGUGGAAGACGGUUCAGAUCUAGAGGGCCGUGGAGCAUUGAGAGAUGGUCCUGUCCGUGUUGCAAGUAUCGGUGGUCUUGAUCAAAAUCCCUGUGGUGGAACUCAUGUCCCGACAACUAAGCUGGUAGGCCCGAUCACGAUACGCAAGAUUAGCCGGCAGAAGGGGAUCAGUCGGGUUUCUUAUGAAGUGCCCUUGGAAGUAUAA